AUGCUUGGCGCACUUUUGUCCACGACGGCUCUCUUGCUCACUGCUUCAUCUGUAUUACCUCUUGCAGAUGUACGCCCUCUUGUCUCCAUGUCCGAUGAUCCUACGGUAGAAGGGGCUGUCACAAUCGCCUCAACGCCCACCGCCAAAGCCACGCGAACAAUUCAAGGGCAAGACGAACAAUACAGUUGGGUCCUGGAUCCGAAUCUUAUUCAAUGGACACCGUCAUCGUCUGAAGUGUAUUCUCUGCCAACCGAGAUUUGGGAUGUCCCUCCAACGACUUCCACGGAGAUCAAGUACGAAGCUACUUCAGUACCAACCCCAUACGAAUAUGUUGCUGGCAAAGAAAACCGACUCUCGGGCAAAAUCAUAGCCCUCAUCAUUAUAGGAGCUUUUGUCACCGUCGGUAUCAUUGGAGUCAUAAUAUUUAAGUGCAUUCAGCAUCGACAACGGCGCAAAGCACGCAGCAUGGAACAUACGCCUGGGCGAGGCCGGGGGAGCAUGUCGGAUAGUCGAAUGAGCGACGAACUGCCCGCGUUGCCCGACAAAGCAUAUCAUACGUCACGGCAGUUCGGUGCAGGGCGCCAUUAUUGA